GUGACUAGUUUGUUUUCCAUCGCGUUGAACUUAGGAUCAUGCCCUUUUAUCAUCUUGAUGAACGUGUUGGUGAUCGUCGCGGUAAAAACACGACGCAGAUUACAGUCAACGUACAACAUACUACUGGCUUGCUUAGCGGUAACAGAUCUGGCAGUGGGUGUAGUAUCACAGCCAUUAUUCAUCGCACAGGAAAUCUACUUUCUGUCGGGUCCAUCGCAGGUGGAUUAUUGUUUCUUCUACAAAAAGAUAGUUUUUAUUUAUCUCGUUCCAUGUAUUGAAUCGUUGCUGAUCUUAGCUUUACUAAGUACUGAGCGAUAUGUAGCCAUGAAGUUUUCACUUCGAUAUGCUAGCAUCGUGACCACACCUAGGUUAAUUGGCGCUGUAGUUUGUAGUUGGCUGAUUUCAGCCAUUCCUUUAAUUUCCUAUUUAACGCAACUGACUCGUUCCACGCUUUCAGGACUUCCUGUGUAUGUAACUGUUAUUCCAGCCAUUUUGGUUAUUGUAUUUUGUCAUACAACAGUAUAUUUUGUUUCACGCCGACAUAUGAAUCAGAUCAAAACUCAACAUCUUUCCAGCGAAACGAAGGCAAAAUUCCAAGAGGAAAGAAAAGCUUUUAAAACUACCAGCGUAAUUCUCGCUUUUCUGUUUCUUUCAUAUGUACCAGGAAUUUUGGACGGCUUGUUAAGAUUAAUCGAUAUCCUUCCCAGCAAUUACCCUGAAAGUCAGCUACAACUGUUACCUAUAGCGUUUUCGUGUGUUUUUUGGAACUCCCUCUUUAAUCCUGUUAUAUACUGCGGAAGGAACAGGGACCUACGUAAAGUUAUGCUGGAACUGAUCAAGAUAAGACAAAAUGGAAACUAA